AUGAUUUGGAAUCGCUUGUCAAAGAGUCUUGCUUUAUCAGGGAUUUGUACAUUACUUUUUGGUGUAGUCUUAAAAUUUAUGUUGUUCCCCAAACUUUUGAAAUGGCAAAUGCACACAAAAAUAAAUCUGAAACCUGGGAGUGACGUACGAACAUUGUGGAGCAACGUUCCGUUUCCAAUUGAUUUUCGCAUUUAUUUAUUUAAUAUAACAAAUCCAGACGAAAUAAAAAACGGCAAACAACCUAUCCUUCGUGAAGUUGGACCAUAUUAUUUUGUAGAAAAACAUGAGAAAACUAACAUGUUGGACCACGAGAAACACGACUCUGUUGAGUAUGCGACGAAAAACACCUUUAAUUUUAAACCAGAAAACAACGGAGAUCUCACUGGAGAGGAAGAGCUCAUAGUUCCACACAUUUUUAUGUUAUCUAUGAUCAUGGCUACUGUGAGAGAUAAACCUUCAGCAUUACCUGUUGUCGGCAAGGCAAUCAAUAGUAUUUUCAAAAAUCCGAAAAACGUAUUUGUUAAAGUGAAAGCUAUGGAUUUGAUGUUUCGAGGGUUGCCGAUCGAUUGCUCGGUAAAGGAUUUCGCUGGGGCUGCAAUUUGUGGUUUAUUACGAGGUAAAAUGGAUGAGCUUAUUGUCGAAGAUCCGGAUCAUUUUCGCUUUGCUAUUUUUGGAGCGAACAACGGCACGACCAGCAAAAAUCGCAUAAAAAUUUUACGAGGAUCUAAAAAUCAAGCUGAUAUUGGUAGAGUCAUUGAAUUUAACGGAAAGAAAAAUAUUUCAAUUUGGAAUGAUCAGUAUUGUGAUACUUUAAAUGGGACUGAUGGUUACGUUUUUCCUCCUUAUUUGAAAGAGAAUGAAGAUAUAUACACCUUUUCUCCUGAGAUCUGUCGCUCAUUAAAUCUCUACAGCAUUGGGGCAUCCGAAGUUGCAGGAUUAUACAGCAACCGAUAUACCGCUUGGCUCGGAGAUCCAAGUAUCAACCCUGCAUUAAAGUGUUAUUGUCCAUCCACUGGUUGUCUUAAGGCAGGCGUAAUGGACCUCCAUAAAUGCACUGGCAUUCCACUUGUAGCCUCGAAUCCACACUUUUAUAGAGUACACGAAGAUUAUUUGAAGAUGGUAGACGGUCUAAAUCCAAUUAAGGACAAGCACGAGACGUUCAUCGAUUUCGAUUUAUUUUCUGGAACUAUCUUGCAAGCUAAAAAACGAUUGCAGUUUAAUAUAAUGAUACGCAAACUAAACAGGUUUAAGAUUAUGGCCAAUUUCUCUGAGGUUCUACUUCCAUUAUUUUGGAUUGAAGAAGGGAUCAUUUUACCUGAUGAAUAUAUGAGCAAUGUAAAAAGCCUCCAUAAUAUAGUUGGGAUUAUAUUAUGGAUAUCAGUGGCACUUGUAAUAGUUGGAUUAAACUGUUUUGUUAUAACUAUAUUUGUUAUAUGUCGAGCUAAUAAAAAAGUAAGAAAUGUAAUUCAUUCACCGCAAGUCGGAAAUAAUAUGAAAUUCAGUACUACUAGACCAGGACCACUUGUCUGUAAGGUUAAUCAAUUGCGACCAGCCAAGCGUCACAGUGCUUGA